AUGUCUGAAACACCUAUUCCCAUCCUGACGACUGGCCGCACGGAUGCCAUUGGGCGCCAGGUUACUGCUCUCAUGAAGCCAGAGUACGAGGGUGAGUGGUCUCCCUUGAUCCUUAUUCCUAUUCUGAAUUCGAUCAUGGACGAGCUCCCCUUCCUCCUGAAAGGGACCGUACCGCCAAACCCUUCCAGCACACUGGGGAGCGGGAACUGGUCAUCGCCCCCUCAGGCUCUCCUCAUCGGCGGUGCUUACCAGGACAAAGACGUCGAAGAGGUGGUCAAGCUGGCGAAGAGCACCGACGGGGCGAUGGAAAUCCCGUGGCUGAGGAUUGAUAGCAGGAAGAUGAAGGCUCCCGCUGGAGAGCCGACGCCAGAGGAGGCUGCGGCGUUCGGGAAGGCGAUAGUGCGGAGGUUCAAGGACGGCCUGGACAAGCUCAAGCAGGAGGGCAAGCUUGGUCAGGGCAAGGGCGGCAUCUACCUUAUCCAGGAGUUCGUUCAAAACGCGGCCCAAGUGUCCCACAAGAUGACGGUGUAUACGAUCCUCAUCACCGGCGCCUCGGGCUACCUGGGCGGGACGCUCCUCGCCCGCUGGAAGGGCGCAGACCUCCCAGCGUACGACAGGCUCUACGCGCUCGUGCGGACGGAUGCACAAGCAAAGGCCGUCGAGCAGUACGGUGCUGAGCCCCUCGCCUUUGACUCCAGGGGUGAGGCUGCCGUGCGCAAGGCCGUUGUGGACAACAAGAUCACCAUCGUGUACUACCUGAUCGACGCCAUCAGGGGCGAGGCCCAGGUGAAUUUCAUAAAGGCGCUGGCGGAGGUCAAGAAGGCGACGGGCCAGGAGGUGCACUUUCUACACACGACCGGAGCCAAGAUGUUCUCGUCCCAUGCCGGCGCACCCACAGAUGCACCGCUGCUAGACACGGACCCGGCGCUGUACUCGAUCCACAAGACCCAGGUGGAGACAGCCCCGUUCGAUCUGAUAAAGACUGCCGUAAGCACCAACAACACCGUCAUCGAGGAGGCCGAGAGAUAUGGCGUCCGCAGCUACAUAUUCGCGCCAUGCAUGGUCUACGGAAGGGGCGAGGGCUUCGGCAACACCAUCUCGAUCCAGACCGUGGCCAUCGUCAAGGCAGCCCAGGCCAUGAAGAGGGUGUACAAGGUCGACGAGGGGCGCCCGACGUGGCCCGUCUGUCACAUCCUAGACAACACGACCCUGUAUCUCGACAUCCUCCGCACGAUCCUCGCCGGGAAGGAGCUGAGCCACGGCAAGGCUGGGUACUUCCUCGCCUCCCCCGGGAGCGUGGCCUGGGACGAUCUCUACACGGCCAUGGCGUCGGCGCUGGCCAAGAGGAACAUCAUUGGCGAUGAUUCGGUGGUGCCGGCGAACCAUAGUAUCCUGGAGCAGAUUGGGGAGGCGCUCGGCUGCUCUCCUGAGUUUGUGGGGGUGCAGAUCGGCGGUCGAUGCACUUUUACUGCUGAGCACGGCAGCAGGAUCGGGUGGAAGCCGCAGUACCCUCCGGAGCACAUCAUCGAGGAUGCAGAGAACGAGGUCCAGCUUAUCUUGGACAACUUGUAG